AUGUAACCAUACUUCAUAAAAUUGUUAAAAAAAUAAAAUAUUCUUCAUAAGUAGCAAGCAAGUAAAUUGUAAAAUCAAAUGUGGAAUUAACUAUGCCAAAGUAAAAUAUGUGAGUAAUUAGAUCUCAAAAAAUUCUAAAAUAAAAUAUUCAGCAAUAUUACCUAAGUAAAACCAGAGGUUAAUUGCUAAGAGCCAUUUUAACCCUCUUUUUUUAAGGCAGUGGAUUUAAAACAUAGGAAAAGAGAUAGAUAAUAAGGUUUGAAGAUAUCUUAUGAAAAUUAGCUUUUGAGAGAUAAAAUGAUGAAUAUAGAUUCAAGAAAAUACUCAGCAUUUAGCGAUUAGCUUGAUUCAUUCAGAGCAUCACAUGCUACUAGUAAAAUAUAAAAUCGUAUAAGAUAGGCAAACCAAAUUAAUCAUGAAAACUUGGGAAUACAAAAGAGAUUAGUAAGCACAACUUCUAUGUACAGUUUUAAAUAAUUUGAGUUAGACAAUAUGAAAAGAAAAUACCUAGCAAAUAAUAUUAGCCACAAUGCAAGAAGAGUAGGAUAUUUACCUGAUUAAAGUAUUUCUUAGUUAAAUAAAAGUACAAAAAGUAGAUUAAGCAAGCUUUCAUUAAAUUCUCCAUAAGAAGUUAAUUAUGAUUAUGGAAUUCUUGAAAACUCUCUUGCAUAAAGAAAAUCUAAGACAGAAGGAGGGAAAUUUCUUCAUUCUUCUACUUCUACUAUGAAAUAAUUUAAAAGCUUUUCUAGAUAAAAUUCUUGA